AUGUAUAAAGUGAUAAUAAGGAGUUAUUGGUUAUCGCUGGUAAUUUUAUCUUUACCAGCUGCGUUAACGAAUGUCAUUUGGUUGGAUAUAGAUAAUCACGAUGGUAUCAUCAAAAGUGCUCAGGUUGUGUUUGUUGCGUUUUGUGCUGAUUGGUGCCCAUUUAGUCGUCGACUUAAACCAAUUUUUGAAGAAGCUGCUGCUGUUUUUGCACAAGAAAACCCUACAGCAAAUGUCAUCUGGGCUCUUGUAGAUAGUGUCGAACAAGCGAAAAUUGCUGAUAAAUAUUCUGUCAAUAAAUAUCCAACGAUGAAGGUUUUUAUUAAUGGAGAAUUAGCAAACAAAGAGUACAGAUCUACGCGCUCAGUUGAAGCGCUUACAGCGUUUGUUAAACAACAACUCUCAUCCAGUAUACAAGAUUUUGCUGGUGAGAAAGACCUAGAACGGCAAAUGGACAAAUCCAAGAGAAAUGUGGUUGCUUAUUUUGCAGACAAAAAUAGCAAUGAAUAUCGAAGUUUCCAGAAGGUUGCUACUAUUUUACGCGAGGAUUGUACAUUUUGGGUUAGCAAUGAUGAAAACUUGAAAGCUGUGAAUGAAACUAUGAUGCAUUUUCGAGAUCCGGAUACUGAAGAUGAACAAAAGUUCACGGGCAAUUUUACGGACUACAAUUAUGUAAAGCAAUGGCUUACAGAUAAGUGUAUACCACUCGUGCGAGAGGUCACAUUUGAAAAUGUUGAAGAGCUGACGGAAGAAGGUCUACCAUUCUUGCUUUUCUUCCGAAAUCCUGGAGACAAAAAAGGCGACAAAAAGUUCACUGAAUUGGUAGUGCGUGAACUUUAUGAUCAAAAAAAUGCAGUCAAUGCUUUGCUGGCAGAUGGUCAUAAAUUUGCUCAUCCGUUAAAACAUUUAGGAAAAACUGAAGAUGAUUUGCCGGUUUUAGCUAUUGAUUCCUUUCAACAUAUGUUUUUGUUUGAUAAUAUGGAUGAAUUGUACGUUCCUGGGAAGCUUCGCCAAUUUGUUCUCGACUUGCAUUCUGGAAAAUUGCACAAAGAGUUUCAUGAAAAAAUGGAUCAGGAAAUGAUAGAUUUGCAGAAACUGGAAUUGAAAAAACUUGAAAAAUUUGCUGAAAAUGAAGCAAAACCAUCGACGGCAGUAUCAUUUGCAACGCCUCCUCCUUCUAUUUUUAAGGAGUUGAAACCCUCAGAAAAUCGUUAUUCUUUACUAAGAAAAACUGAACUAUAG